AUGUCAAACGCCGAUGCAAAAAAAGCACUAUUCCACCGCGAUUUGAGUUACGAUUAUCCCCUAAUAGUGCGUGGGGAAGGGAUCUACCUCUACGAUGAAACGGGUAAACGCUACAUUGACGGUGCCGCGGGUGCAAGUAAUGUCACCUUGGGGCAUGGCCGUCAGCGUAUCGCGGACGCGAUGGCAGAACAAGCCAAGACGCUCGCCUACUGCUUCGCCACCCAUUUUACGACCCAGCCGGCACUAGACUUAGCCGGUCGGGUUUCUGCGAUUGCCCCCGGCGACCUGAACCACGCCUACUUCGUUUCGGGCGGUUCGGAGGGGAUUGAAACCGCGAUCAAGAUUGCUCGGCAGUACCAUGUGCAGCGUGGGAACGGGCAGAAGCACCAAGUCAUCGCCCGCUGGCGCGGCUACCACGGUGCGACACUCGGCGCAUUGGGCGUCACAGGUAUACCGGGGAUGCGCGACCUUUUCGCGCCCUUGCUUCCCAAUUUCCCGCACAUCGCGCCUUGCUAUCCAUAUCGCUGCGUGUUUGCGGGUUGUGAAGGGAAAUGCAACCUGACCUGUGCCUAUGAACUGGAGCAGAUGAUCUUGCAGACCGGUCCGGAUAACGUGGCGGCAUUUGUGGCGGAACCGUUGGUGCUCGGAGGGGUUGCUGCGGCGAUACCGCCCAAGGAUUACUAUCCGCUCGUCCGUGAAAUCUGCGAUAAGUACGACGUCCUAUUUAUUGCAGAUGAAAUCAUCACCGGCUUCGGGCGCAGCGGACGAUAUUUUGCCAUUGAGCACUGGGACGUUAUCCCAGAUAUGAUUGUCUUUGGAAAGGCAGCCAGCAGCGGCUACGCUCCUUUGAGUGGUGUGAUUAUUCGGGAUAGUAUUCGUGAUACUUUUGCAGCGGGCGGCACACCCUUCGCUCACGUCUUCACUUACGUCAAUAAUCCCAUAGCAAUGCGGGUUGGACUGGAGGUGUUAGACAUCAUCGAAGAGGAAGGGAUUCUUGAGCAUACGGCGCAGAUGGGCGCGUAUCUGCUGGAAAAGGCAAGCGCGUUAGACGCCCACCCAAGCGUCGGCGAGAUUCGAGGGCUUGGACUGAUCCUCGGCAUCGAACUGGUACGCGACAAAGAUACGAAGGAACCUUUCCCCGCAUCACUUGGCUUUCACAAACGCCUCAACAAGAUUUUACUGGACAAGGGCUUGUCCGUGGGAAGUGGCGGCGGUACAGCAGAUUGGGUGAACGGCGACGACCUGCGUUUCUAUCCUCCGCUCAUCAUCACGCGCAGCCAAAUUGACAAUGUAAUCGCCACCAUUGACGAGGGUUUGACCCAAUUGGAAGCCGAACUAGGUCACGAAGGCACAAACUAA